AAUACAGUAGAUGUGUAUAUACAGUGGAUACAGUAGAUGUGUAUAUACAGUGGAUACAGUAGAUGUGUAGAUACAGUAUUUACCUUAGCACAGCUAUUAACUUUUCUGCUGCAUGAGGUGCAGCUGAGGAUGACGUUGUCAAGCUAGCUAGAAUAAAAUGUGGCGCUUCCGGUCCAACGUGUCACCUUCAGUUAUCAUGAUAGGACGCCGAGUUUUGACCGAAAACAGUCGAAUAUCAGUCAAGGCUACAUUUAUCAAAGCAGGCGACAGCGUGUAUCACUUCAGCGUGUUAGCUCCACUAACAUUUAACCCCAAGGGCUUGUUGCGCUCCUGCUCUUAUUUUGAAAGCCACAAUUGGAAGUGUCCUGCCCCCCCGGUCGAAGAAACGUCGGCGGGCUUGACGGAGCUCGGGACGCCGUGGCCGCAGCGCAGAGAAGUGAAGUUGAGCAUCCCGCAGGGGUCAGAGUGGGACCGUCGACUGAAACCCCCUCCCUCACGCCUUUCCCACGUCUGACUGAAUCGUGGGGGAUGCGUCGGACAAUUUCUGCAACUCUCUGAAAAACGACAAUCCAACACUCGCCGCCCACUUCAGACAGGGAUUGUUCAGCUGUGCGGAGUCCAGAAGGACUUCAAGUUGAGAAGACAGAAGAACCAUAUCUUCCACUGAUUCAACUGAACAUCAAAGAGUGGUACUGACUGACUGCUUCAUGAUGGGAUGCUUUAGGUCAGCAUGGAAAAGGACCUCCUCCACAGCGAAUGACAUAUCACAGCUGUACUGUUUGUUGCAGCCAUUGUGCAUUUGAUGGAAUCAUUCUGCUGUCAAGCACUAACACUUUGGUACCACACGUGGAAAUUAUGAGACCUGACCACCACCUAGGGUGGAUAUAAUUUGAUAGAAUUCACCCACGUUUAACUGUCCCACUUGUCUUCCUGAGUCUCUCCUUCCAUUUUAUGGAGACCCUGCAUAGCCGCCUGACGCCUGGGGAGCAGUCCGGAGGUCAAGAACAUUGUCAACCAGAGUCUCCUCACCGAGGCCUGCCGCCUAAGUCUCCCUCCCAGCACCGCCAGCAACAGCAAACUAGCUCCCCAAAGCCUCAUGGCAGGCAACAGCAACACAAACAGUCCAGAAAACAGCAUCCUGAACGUAAGCGUCUCAGGCACCAGCGGCAAAGCACUGACUCAGAUACAGUGCCGGAACACAAACAUGAAGCAACGACAGAAACAAAAGCAACCACAGUCUCUAGUUUGUCACCUGGAGUCCCACCUUCCUCAGCAGGUGGCCCAACCCAGUCAAAACCAGAGAGCCAAGAGAGCACCCCAAAACAGAAACGAGAGCGUAAGCCUCAAAGACCGGGAAAAUAUGUCUGCACAUACUGUGGUCGCGCUUGUGCAAAACCUAGUGUGCUACAGAAACAUAUUCGCUCCCAUACAGGAGAAAGACCCUAUCCCUGUGCCCCAUGUGGCUUCUCUUUUAAGACCAAGAGUAACCUCUACAAACACUGCAAAUCUCAUACCCACAGGGUAAAAGCAGGUCUGGCACUUGGGGAGCCAAGAUCUUUAGAGGAGCAAGUCACCGAGUCAGAAGAUGAAACCAGACACAUAUCAUCUGCCUCCUCCCAUAGCGAAAGACAAAGCAGUGUAGCCUCGAUAAAGAGUCAUGACACAGACAGGGCCAAAGAUUGCACUACAGGAAGUGAUGACUCCUAUGCAGUGAAAAAGAGAUUAGCCCUGCGUCUAAGUAGAGGAAAACAGGGUCCUCAAGAUUCAUUGGAUGAAAAGACCUCAUCUCUAAUUGUAGGCAGUAAAGGCAGUACAGAAUCUGGCUAUUUUUCUCGCUCUGAAAGUACUGAGCAGACCCAGGACAGUCCCCCCAAUACAAGUGCCAAAAGCUAUGCAGAGAUCAUCCUCGGCAAAUAUGGACGUCUUGGACACCUACAGAGGAUGUCUCGUCAUCAUAACCAGCAGCCCUCCAGUCAGAAGGAAAAAAUCAUCCCAUUCACAGUGCCCAAGAAACAGGUCAUUGACCAUAUUACCAAACUCAUCACCAUCAAUGAGGCAGUGGUGGACACUAGUAAAAUUGACAGUGUAAAACCAAGGAGAUUCUCACUCUCCAGAAAGAAUAGUUCAGAGACUCAAAAGACUUCGUCCAGUAAAGAACCACUUAUACAUAGCCCUAAAGCUGGUGAUCUGGGUUAUAAAAGCAGUGGCUCCAUCACCAUGGGAGUCCCAUGUGAAAAAUUUCACCAUCAGUCCUUAAAUGUGGAACAGCCAGCUGUGCAAACAUCCACAGCUCCUCUGGUGAGAAGUCACUCAAUGCCAUCUUCAGCUAGUUCAUUUGAUCCAUCCAGUGGUGGCCCCAGUAAAUUCCGCCAAAGUCAGUCCUUUGAUGAACGGAAGCAUUCUGAAACACAGGCAUCACGUCGUUACGGGAUGCUAAGACGGCAGCCAGCUAUUGAAAUCCCACUUGGUGCUGAACUCACAAAAGAGGAACAUGAGGGUUCUCAUUCAUUUUACCCUGACAGCGUAACCACUGUGCCUGACCACAAGCAAAGUCAACCUCGGCAGUACGAGUGUGAGGCCUGUGGCACUGGAUGCAAAGAUUGGGAAGGUUAUAAGAAACACAAGCAAAGCUUGUGCUCAUCACAUCAUCCCAGAAAUGAGGUUGUAAUUAGUCAAAUGCAGUUCUCACAGCUAAUAAACCAUGCAGUCAGAGCAGGAGCUUCUACUGUGCGCAAAAGGCGAAAAGAGGAGAGUUUUGAAUUUGAUGACCCCUGCUCUCCUUCAUCGCCUUCUCCUGCCCUCUUGUCGGGACAGUGUAAAGAUGACAGCAGUGUAUCUACUGACGGCACCAGAAGACCUUCACUGCAAACCUGUUCAGUAAUUCAACACACUAGUUCAUUUGAAAAACAAGAAUCUUUGUGCAAUGAGAAUCAAGGCGCUGAGGCAACAAAAAACUCUUCAUCUCAUGAAGCCCAACCCCAACAACAGUCGUCAAAACUAGCAUCCCGAAAGCUUGUCCGCCAACCUAGUGUGCAAGUUCCAGAAAUUCUGGUGACAGAGGAUUCCCGCAUGAGCACAAAGACCUCAGUAGAGCCAGCCUCCACAGCAAAAACUCCAGAGAAGCCUGAGGAAUUCCAGUGGCCACAGAGAAGCUCCUCUCUGGCCCAGCUCCCUAUUGAGAAACUUCCUCCCAAGAAAAAGCGCUUACGUCUAGCCGAGGUUGCCCAGUCCUCAGGGGAAUCCAGUUUUGACUCAAUAUCUCUGCCCCGUAGCCCUAGUCAAGAGAGUAGUGCAUCCUAUGCAUCCAGUCGCUCCACAUCCUUUGAGGAGUCAAACAGACCAGACAUGGAGACAGCGACAUUAUCACCACUGAGGCGAUCAAGAGCUCCUCACAUGCUCACGGUGCCUGGAGUGCAUCAGCACAGAGAGAUGAGACGCUCAGCAUCUGAGCAGGCACCGCAUGACCCCCAACCAGGUGUCCUAAUGGCUGAGACCCGCAGUAAGUCUUUUGACUAUAGUUGUCUGUCCCCUGAGCGCUCUGCGGUUGGCUGGAGGGAAAGAAGAAAGUGUCUCCUUAUGAGACACACCACUAUCAGAGAUCCAGAUGAGGAGGAAGAGGACCGGUGUAACCUACCGAGCUGUAGUCCUGAUUGCGUCAAAACCAGCACGUGUACUCAAGCAAGCCCAGCCUCAGUUUGCUGUAGCAGGUCGCCUACUUCUCCUCUAUCAGGUGACACACUCUUGCGUUAUCCAGUUACUCAGUGGAAACUUAGUCAAAACAUUCAGUUAACAGGCAGCACAGAACUCUUGUGUAGUCAUGGUCCAUCCGUAGAUAUUGUAAAAGAGGAGGCUUCACACGCAGGACAGCCGCCUCCUCAAGCACCACAGCCCUAUUCGACACAUGGACCUUCGGGGGCAGCCAGAGCUCUCUACCUCCCCAUGUCCACAGGGCUGAAGCUAGAGAUUCCCUUACGGCAUAAUGAUGAUUAUUCAGACACUCGAGUAAGUCACGCCUACAGCCAACUCUCUGUCCCCCACAUCACCUCCAGUCUGGAAUUACUGAGGCCAGUCGCAUCUCCUUCAGUAGCAGUGCGUCUUCAAACAGACACCCUCACCCCAGCAUGUGCCAUAUACACCACAAUGUCUCAGCCCAACCCCCCUAGGCCGCAGGGGGCAGUUGAUGCACUUUCACACAAUGUGGGUAUUCCAGCAGCUGAGUACAGGAACCACAGGGACACAAGUCAAGACUUUCAGUUGUGGUCUGAUGAUGGCCUGAGGUUAUCGGGCACCGGGGGCAACAAGCGCAUGCUUUCCCCUUCAAACAGUAUAGAGCUCCUCCCUGAGUCAACACAGCAGCAAAAACGGGUGAAAGAAGGGGAAGAAAGGGAAGUGGGAUGUGUUGACAAGGCACCAAUGGACCCAUGUGGUCAGGAACUCAAACUGGAGAACCAGUCGUGUCCACCAGGGGUUUGUUCUCCCAUCCCACAUGUUGGACCUUCAUUCCCCAGUCUGCUGUCCAGCACCUGUAACAGCUGGUGCUAUUUGAAUUACAUCAAACCAAACCCCUCUCCUCUGGAUGAACAGAAGCCUUCAGUGUAUUCAUCGUGGUCCACUAGCAGCUACAACCCCAACCCACCUGGCCUCUCCAGCAAGACAGCUCUCUCUCUGCUGCACUGUAAGCAGAGGCUCAGUCCCGCUAUCUACACUAUAUCCCCCAUGUCAGUCAGCACAACUGAGUCAAUGGAGCAAGAGGACAACAAAAGACUAUACUCCACCGAGGUCUACAACAGCCUGUCGUACUGCGGAGACCAUGAGGGAACAGGGAAGGGGCCACCACCAGCAGAAGACAUCAGAUCCAACGCAGAGGAGGUGAAGGAGCAACAGACGAAGAAAGAGGAGGACGGAGUUCAGUCUUGCUCCAGAAUUAAAGAACCCCCUGCAGUGUGGAUCUCUGAGCAGCGAUCAAACGAGAAGUAUGGCCCUGCGCAUGGUGGAGGUGGAGGAAUGCGAUGCGAUGAUUGUGGGUUUCGCCUUAAGAAUACCAGUGUGCUGCAAAGGUGCACCGACCGCUGCCUGGGGAGCCCGCACUGUAACUGCGGCAACUGUAUCGUUGUGUUUGGAGCCAGAGGGAACCUCGCCGGACACCUGCGAUCUGAGCCACGUGGAAAAGAAAGCCGUCGUUACCCAGUUGACACAGAUGAAGGAGUGUGUGAAGACCAACCACUUCACCCAGAGAAACAAAAAGACCACCGGUACUCGGAUCUGGGUAAAGGUAGACACGGUGAGGUCGACAACGGCGUGGACAAGGACGGCGGGUGUGAAGACAACCGGCCCGAGGUGGCGGAAAGCUUUGGCGCCGCCUCGUCUGAUGGUGAGAAACGGCACGCAGGAGGCCAGCAGAUGGAGCCUGACCCCGGCGCAUCAGUCCCACUCCCCCCAAAGGAUUCUGCCCGGAAGAGCUCGGCCAAGGCCAGGAGGGCGCUGUUCGCCCGCAAACCCCUCGACGCCUCUACCAGUCUGUCCCCACCCCGCAGCGCGUCACCGAGGCCUCCUCCCGCCUCCCUCCCCCCAUCCGAUUGUCUUGUCUCCACCUCCCCGCUGAGACCAGUCUCACCUGUCCGCGGUCUUUCACCUGUGAUAGUCCAGCCCCAUGGAUCGACCUCCUGCGGGCCGCCGGGCUCCCUGGCAGACACCUCUGCUCAGCGUCACACCAGUUUCCACCCGAGGGACCGACCGUCUGCAGCACGACUGUCUGUGGAUGAGGUUGGCCCGACCCACAUCGCCCAGCAUCCCCCGCGGCCCCGGGGAGCCCACAACCUCCUGAGUCACCUCCCUCUGCACUCCCAGCAGCCGAGCAGGGCCCCGAGUCUCCUCAUUCCCAUCGGGGGGAUUCACAUGAUUCAGCCCCGGUCCCUCCUCCCUCUUUACAGCCUGGUGAGCAGCCCCGCGGUCAACCCCGCAGGCACAGGGUCAUCCUGGAGGCAGGGCGGCACUUUGAAGGGGAGGUUCUCUCUGCUGCAGCGCCAAGAUACUCUCAAAGAGAUGUCGCCCGGCAGCCGAGCCGGCCCGGACCCCGGGGCGUCGGGGGAAAUGCCCGGGAGCAGCCGCUCCGACGCCCCGUCGCACAGGAAGAGUCGAGGAUGCGUCGGCGUCCAGCCACCGUCGAGUCCUAUGGGGGGAGCGAGCGACGCACCUGUUACAGAGAGGUGUGUCCAACCGGAGACCACCCAAGGCCAAAAAAAGACUCCUUCCUCCCAGACACAACUCUGAUAGGAGGGGGAGUCUGAAGGGACAGUGCAAAAGACUGACGAGCAGAGCGUGGGCGUGAAAGUCCUGCGCCCACAACUCUGGUUUCGACCUGGAGGAGAAAAAGGCAAGAGCACUUGAGCACCGCUUUUGAAUGACGCUGUUAUGUAACUAUAUGAAUAAUAUAUACAGACACUAUGUUAGAUAUGCAGUAUGUUUUGUAAAUCUUUUUUUACCCUCUUGUUUGAUGUCAUUGGUGUUAAUUUAUUUAUGUUCUAUUAUGCAAAUCCUGUACUAUAUGCAAAAAGCAGCUGGAAUGAAAAUAGACAAAGUUUUAAUCAAUCGCCCUAUUUACCCUUUUGACAGCUCUAAUAUACUAUUGCUGUGUUAAUGUACUGUAUUACCAAAAUGGAUAUAGAAAGGUACUACAACUAUUUAUUCAUCCCAACCAGUAUUUUAAAGUGCAAUUUUACGUCCAGGUUGUGUUUUUGUAAUGUCAUUCUUAAAAAGGCUGUGAUUAUUCUUAUUCUUAUUAUUUGUCAGUUUCUUUGUCGUCGUCGUCGUCGUCGUCGUUGUUGCUGUUGUUGCUGUCGUCGACUUUGUUUGUGUUCGAAGAAGCAGGGAUACGAUCACCUCCUUUUCUAAGACCUUUGCGAAAAAGCAGUUUGGGUUCGGGACAUUCGGAUUGCACUGACAAAAACGAUAUUCAGAGGAAACCUGUUUCAUUUACAUGGUAGCUACGGUACAGACGUUUCUUUUUUUCUUUCAUAAACAGAUACAUGUAUUUUUGUGUUGUUGCUUUUAUAAAUGAUACAAUCACUGUCAUUAUCAUGUUUACCAUUAAACUUCUCAUUUUUACAGAUUUAUAUGAAAA